UAGAAUAAUAUUAAAAUGCUUAUAUUGCAGCCUAAAUAUGGUGGAAUGAUUAUAGACAUUGUGUCAAGAGAUAUAAGGACGCCUGAACAGCAAUCAGAUGCUUUGAAAGCCGUCAAGGACACUGUGAUAUACAUUGUGCUGAUAGUUGUAGUAGGAUCUUUGUGCACAACACUUCGAGCGUGGUUGUUUUCUUCUGCCAGUGAACGGGUUGUAGCUCGCCUGAGGAAAGACUUAUUCAGUCACCUUAUUCAACAGGAAAUAGCCUUUUUUGAUGUUACUCGAACAGGUGAACUCCUCAGCAGGCUAUCUGAGGACACCCAGAUCAUUAAAAAUGCAGCAACAACCAAUCUUUCAGAGGCACUCCGGAAUCUAACGACUGCCUUUAUUGGUGUUGGCUUCAUGUUUUCAUCAUCGUGGAAAUUAACACUGCUAGCCUUGGCAGUAGUACCAGUAUUUUCUGUUGCUGUACGAAAAUUUGGGCGGUAUCUCAAAGAACUUUCACACGCAACCCAAGCUGCAGCUGCAGUAGCUGCCUCAAUUGCUGAGGAAUCUUUUGGAGCCAUUCGAACAGUUAGAUCAUUUGCUCAGGAAAGUUAUGCAAUAUCAAAUUACUCUGAAAAAGUUGACGAGACACUGAAUCUUGGACUAAAACAAGCUAAAGUAGUUGGCCUAUUCUUUGGAGGACUAAAUGCUGCAUCCACAUUGUCUGUUAUAAUAGUGGUGAUUUAUGGUGCCUACUUGACAAUUAUGGGAUUUAUGACUGCGGGUUCCCUUACAUCCUUCAUCCUUUAUAGUCUCACAGUUGGAUCCGCAGUUUCCUCUUUAUCAGGAUUAUAUACAACUACCAUGAAAGCUGCAGGGGCAAGUAGGAGGGUUUUCCAGCUCUUAGAUCGUGUCUCAAGCAUGCCAAAAUCAGGAGACAAGCGCCCAGAGGGAAAUCCAGAUGGAGAUGUAGAAUUAAAUGAUGUCUGGUUUGCUUAUCCUUCUCGACCAAGUCAUAUGGUACUUAAGGGAAUAACGUUAAAAUUGAAACCUGGUUCAAAAGUUGCCCUUGUUGGACCAAGUGGUGGUGGAAAAACCACAAUAGCAAACUUAAUUGAGAGGUUCUACGACCCUCUGAAGGGAAAGAUUUUGUUAAAUGGGGUUCCUUUAGUGGAAAUAUCACAUGAAUAUCUGCACAGAAAGGUAAGUAUAGUCAGCCAGGAACCUGUGCUUUUCAAUUGUUCUAUAGAGGAGAACAUUGCCUAUGGUUUCAAUGGCAAAGCCAGCAGUGCUGAAAUAGAAUCAGUAGCUAAAAUGGCUAAUGCUCAUGAUUUCAUAGAAAAAUUUCCUGAAAAGUAUCAAACAGUUGUUGGAGAACGUGGUUUGAGACUCUCGGGAGGCCAGAAACAAAGAGUAGCAAUUGCAAGAGCACUAUUAAUGAAUCCAAAAGUUUUGCUGUUGGAUGAAGCCACAAGUGCUCUGGAUGCUGAGAGUGAAUACCUUGUUCAGGAUGCUAUGGAUUCAUUGAUGAGGGGUAGGACUGUUCUGGUCAUAGCACACAGGCUUUCAACAGUCAAAAGUGCAGACAGUGUGGCGGUUAUAUCUGAUGGUCAAAUAGCUGAGAGUGGCACCCAUGAAGAGCUUCUCAGCGAGGAUGGUAUCUACACUGCCCUUGUGAGGAGGCAACUGCAAGGAUAAAACACCAAAAUCUAGUUCCAAAUGGUCAAACAAUGUUCAUAUAUUUAUCGUGAUUAUCCUAAAAUAUUUUUGUCUUUUAACAUACUUCUCGGCUACUUGUCAAAUGUUACAAUACCAAAGGGAAAUAUCUCGUUUAUCAGAUAGCAUGUUUUAGAGGAAACAAGCAAAUAAUUCUGAGAUGCAAGGAAAAAGAAUGUCCGCAUUCUGCAGAA